GGGGUAAACAAAGAGUCGAUGCACGCGAUCGAGAAAGCGGCGUUUGUGGUUGUUUUGGACGAUGAAUCCCAUGUGUUAGACGUUGAUGACAUGUUCGGACUAGCGCUGUUGCAUAGAAAAUGCCAUAACAGUGCAUUGACGUCAUUUAAUCAAGUCUGAAGAUUGCAAAGCUUUUGUCUGAUGACGUAGAAUUCCACAUGUUCCCGUUUCGUAAAUUCGGAAAAGGAUUGAUCAAAACUUUCCGAAUGUCUCCUGAUGCUUUGAUCCAAUUGUCUCUUCAACUUGCACAUUUCAGGGUCAAAGGUCAUUUCAGUUUGACUUACGAAGCCUCGAAGACGAGAUUGUUCCGAGAAGGGAGGGCUGAAACUGUUCGUUCAUGCAUGACUAGAUCCUGCGCUUUCGUUCGCGCCAUGGAAGAUUCAGAACAAACUGUCGCUGACGAUGGCUACGGUGUCUCCUACAUUAUCUGCCACGAAAACACCAUAAUGUUUCACAUCUCAAGCAAAGUCUCCUCUCACGAGACCAACUCAUCUAGAUUUGCUGAUAACAUCGAAAAAGCAAUGAUGGACGUGAAGGACCUCUGCGAAUAUGCAAAGAAAAAAUAAUUUAAGAAAAAAACAAAAAAAAUUAGGAAUUAUUAUUAGGUUUUAAUGCAUUGUGUUUUUAUAAAAAAAGGGGGAGCACUGGGGGUAAAAAAGUAGGGGAUUUUAUUUUGAUUUUACUUAUACUUUCGUGUGAAAAAGCGUGUUCUAUUUUUUCUGUAAUAUUUACUGAUUGUGUUUUUAUCUUAGUGUAAAACAGAUUUGGAAACCAAAAAAAAAAAAAUUCUGAGGGAUGGGGGAAUUUUUCCGAUAAAUUUGAAUUUGAGUAAAAUUUUAUAUAAAUCACGAUUCAGCAUACU